AAUAUAAUAUUAAAACCAGUUGUUUUGUUUCAGAUCUUGCUUCUCCUAGCUGCGGUCAGCUCUCACAAGUUCGUGGUCGGCUUCUGUCUGGGCGCGGAGCUCUGUGAGAACUUCCCGAACCGUGCGUGUGCGCACAUCGUGUGCGUCACGCUGUUCAGCGCGGGCUCCGUGCUCGGCAUCGGCAUCGGCGCUGGGCUCGAGACUGUCAACUCUUUAAAGGAUUCUGUCGCGAUACCGGUUAUGCAGGGACUGGCUGCAGGAACGCUGCUUUACGUGACAGUAAGUGAGGUGCUUCCCCGCGAGAGGGCGCGGUGGCACAAACGUCAGCGGAACGCGGGAAUUUUGCAGUUCCUGUCUGUCGGACUUGGAUUUGUUCUGAUGUACUUGACUACUAAAUAUUUAGAUCACGAUGCUGCUUAAUUAUUUGACAUAUAUUUAGUUACAUGCCACUGUAAGAGAAUAGUUUAAAGUUACUGAUAACUUUUAUAAUUUUAUAUAAUAGAGUAAGCCUUGAUGGACCUUAAAAGUGAUGUUUUAGGAUAUAAGGUGACAAUAAAAGAUUUUUUAGCUA